UCAUCUUCACGGAGCUAUAAUUCGAUAAUCGUUGACUGUCGAGCAGAAGUCAAUAUUCAAAGUGGAUCAUGGCUGUCCAAAGUAAACUGGCGGAAAUCGCCUUCAAUUGCAGCUGCCAUGAGUACAACCAUCCGUGGACCUCGAGCUGUGCCUGUGCUGCGGCGGGCAUGAUGCUCUCCGAGAUUCCCCCCAGUCUGCGGACCUACGCCACUGUUUACCUGUUGGCUCUGGUCAUGAGAGGUCGCAUACCCACGCUCAAGGACCUUGGACGCACUGCAGCCGGUAUCCUGCAGUCGACGGCUUUCCUCUCUUUGAAUGGAGGCCUCUUCGUCUUUUGCGUGUGCUUCCUGCGCCAGCUGCUUGACGGAUUCUACUUCGGAUCGGUGGCCUGGCUGCCCUCCUUCAUAUCCAGUUUUGCUUCCUUGGCCGUGGAACGACCAGAGCGACGGGCUCCACUUGCCAUGUACGUAGCCAAUGUGGGCAUUGAGACUCUUUGGAAGAUGAUGGAAGCUCGAGGAUUGGUUCGAUCCAUUCCCCACGGCCAGGUGCUCAUCAUGGGCCUGAGUGUCACAGCCUUGAUGUACAUGUACCGUGCUGGAUUGCACAAAACAGUGGCCAAAGAUCCCACCUUCAAGGGCCUGGGCGUAAUAGUGGGCAAGGAGGAGGAGGGACCUUUGAAAUCUCCGACGGUGACCACCUCUCAGAGCUCUCGUCAGCGUCCUCUUAACUUCCGCAGCAUCACCGCUUACCUGGAGCUGUACGACCGGCUUCUGACCACCAAGCAUCCCAGCUGUCCACACAAGAGCGGAUGUGCUAAGUAUGCCGUCCUCGGUGGACUGAAACCUUUCCUGGGCGGCGUGGGUCUCCAGGUGGGCCUCAAGCUGCUGCUCAACAUUCCCAAGAUAAUCAAACUCAAGAUGCAGUGGCGCAAGCAGAUCUUCAAUAAGGGAUCCCUGCAAUUGGGCCUGGCUCUGGGCAUCUUCUCGCUGCUCUUUAAGACCACUUCCUGUGGCCUACGCCAUAGCUGUGGCUACGACAGUGCUCUCUUCGCCAUUCCUGCUGGCCUUCUCGGCUCGAUUGGCCUGCUGCGGUUCCCCAACACCACGGUGGCCUUAUAUCUGAUGUGGAAAUCCCUGCAGCUGCUGUACAACUGGGGCGUUUCCGAGGGCAAGCUGCCCGAGGUUCCCCACUUUGCCAUGCUCAUGUACGGAUUCUUUACGGCCGUGCUCUUCCACUCGGCCAUCCUGGAGGCACGCUCCCUGCGACCCAGUUACUACAAGUUCCUGCAGAACAUCUCCGGCAACCGGAUCAGUCGCUUCAAUGUGAAGCCCUUCGAGGGAUUUGGACUGAAAAGUCAGGAUCAGAUCAACUAUGUGAUCAAGAAACUGGGCAUCGACAUGACCUCACCCUAUCCCAUUUGCGCCCUGACCGUCUAGAGGGUUUCCCUUCGCCUUCUGU